AUGCACAUUGAGUCGAUCAUAUUGGAUGGCUUCAAAAGCUACUCCACUCGCACGGUGAUAGGGCCGCUGGAUCCACACUUCAACGCGGUCACGGGACUUAAUGGCAGCGGCAAGUCGAAUGUGCUGGACAGCCUCUGUUUCUGCCUCGGCAUCUCCGAUCUGUCCUGCGUGCGCGCGAGCAAAUUGGACGACCUGAUCUACAAGCAGGGUCAGGCGGGAAUCACGAAGGCGACGGUGACGGUCGUGCUAAAUAAUCUGCGGCAGCCGAGUCCGCUGCCUGACGCCUAUCGCAAGAUGCCCGAGGUCACCAUCACCAGGCAAAUCGCGCUUGGGGGCCGGAACCGCUACUUCCUCAACGGCCACCCAUCCACGCCGAAGGCCAUUGCCGACUUCUUCCAGUGCGCCCGCAUGAACGUGAACAACCCGCGGUUCCUCAUCAUGCAGGGGCGGGUCACCAAGGUCGUCAACAUGCGGCCGAAGGAGCUCCUCGCGCUCAUCGAGGAGGCGUCGGGCACCCGCAUAUACGAAAACAAGAGGGCCGCUGCCAUGAGGCUCAUACAGCGCAAGAACCAGAAGCUCGAGGAGAUCGACACGAUCGUGAGGGAGGAGAUAGAGCCGCAGAUGAAACGGCUGAAGAACGAUUGCGACAACUACAUCAGGUGGAGCAACGCCAAGGAGGAGUCGGCGAGGCUCGAGCGGUUCGACGUCGCGCACAAGUACUGGGUGGCCAAGAACCGGGCGUCGACCAGCGCGACGCGUCAAGAGGAGGUCAUCGCCGAAAAAUCCGCGAUGCAACAGGACCUAUCGGCGCUGGAGGAAAGGCAUGCACAAUUGCAGCUGCUAUUCAACCAGAAACGCGCCGAAAUCGAACGUGGAAACGUUCCGGUGUCGGAGCUGCAGCGCCACAGAGACACGUUGGCCGCCGAUAUUGCGAAGAUGAAGACGGACGUCACCCUCCUGCAGAGCGACGUCGACGAGCUGCAAAGCGCAGCCCAAGAGGCAAGGCAGGACAUCGCAAACGCAUCGCGUGACCUACAAGCACGACAGAAGGCCUCGCAAGGUGAGGCCGAUGCUAUAUCGCAACUGAAUGAGACGCUCAAGAGGAACAAGGCGAAGGUGGCUGAGCUAGAGGCCGCUCUGGGGCUGGUGACCGCGGCGCCAGCAAAACCCGGCGCCAAAACUGUCGGUGGAUCUAGGCAGCACCAGUUGAAGGACAUGAAAUCCGAGCUCGUGCGGCUGGAAGCGGAAGAAGCCGCCAUCACGAACUUCGUGGGCCACACCGAGCGCGAGAUCGCCGAGCACAGGAGCCGCGCAGCUGCACUGGCCGCUGAGAUGCGAAACUUCGAGAGAAACCGAGAGGAAACGCAGUUGCAAAGGGACAGAGUGGCUGAGAGAUAUGAUUCCGCCAAAGCGGAACUUGACCGUAAUGGCGGGGAGAGGGCAGUAACUGACAUGGAACGUCGGUUACGUGAACUCCGUGAGAAACGCGAUCGCACGACGGAAAUGGUUCACAUGUUAGAAGCGGACCUCAACAGAUCACGCACGCGAUGUAACGUGCCCGCGCACCUGGGCAGCCGGAGCAUGACCGAUCUUAAGGCGCCAUACUACGGGCAGGCUUUCGAGCUGGUGCACCUCAAACCGCAUCGCCAAGAGCAAGUUGCGCUGCCUGUGCACCUGCUCUUCCAGUUCAAACUGUACUACCUAGUUGCACGGGACAAGGAAUGCGCAAAGGCCAUUUUAGAGCACAACAGGUUCUCAAGGCACACACAGAAAGUCACGGUGCUGCCACUCAACGACACCAUGGUCGGCAGGGUGGCCUCCGAGCAGGACGUGCAGCACUGCCGCACACUUGUGGGCGCAGCUGCCAACGACGCCGACACUGUCGCGGGGUACAUGGACAUACUCGAUUUCGACCCCAAAUUCACCAAGCUCGCCAGGUACAUCGCCGGCAAUGCGCUCAUCUGCAGCACCAGCGAGAUCGCACGCAAAAUCGCUUACCAACAGGACCGAUCCCGAGCGUUCCGCACUGCAACUCUGCAGGGCGACAAAUUCGAUGUUGGCGGGUCGAUGUCCGGGGGGUCGAACAGGGGAAUGCACAUGGUGCUCCUGGUGGCCAGCCGCCUGCGAGACGCUCAGCAGCAGCUGAACGCCCUCAACACCGAAUACGCUACCCUGCAAGGCGCAUUAAAAGCAGCGAACGGCGCUCUAACUCUGCACGAUGAUUUGAAAAGGCAACUGGAAAUCUGUAAUAGCAACCUCAGGAGCAUCAACGAACGCAUCGACAGUUUCGCAGCCACCACAGCGAUGCGCCGGGUGGACGAGCUCCAGAAGGCCAUCCAUGAAAAACGUGAACUUAUGGGCGCGUUGAGCACUCAAAAGCGUGACCUGGAAAGAAAAAUUCAGGAAUUCGAGGCGGACCUGGUCGAUUGGGAGCAGAAUCGUGCGAAGAAGGAGGGCGAGGCGAAGGUGGAACUGAAACGCUUGAAAGCAGAAAUCAGGAAAGAUACACAAGCGUUGGACCAAAUGAGUCAGGCCAUGUCAGCCGUGCAACUCGAACAAGAUCACCUGCAACGCCGUGUGGCCACUGCCGAGGAGGAGCUGGUUCAGAAAACUAACGCAGCGUCUGCGCUGCAACAGAAAAUAUCGGAUAUGCAAGGAACGUUGUCUCGUCGCGGUUCGGAGUUAGCCGAGGUCGACUCGCAGUUGGCGGAGGCCACUCGUCAGCUCUGUGACUCACAGGAAGAGGUUAGUCGUCUGCAGCGUGACCUCGAGGGCAUAAACCAAAAGAAGACUCAGCUAACCCUGAGUCUUAAAAAGCUGGAAUACACGCUGCAAGAGGUGGAAAAGGAUGAGCAAGACGCCCUGCUGGUCGCCGAUAAGUUGCUGCGGGACAACCCGUGGAUCGUUGCCGAGGAGGAAAACUUCAACCGCCGUGGCACCACCUUCGACUUCAGCAACAUCAGGCUGGAAACGGUGACAAAGCGCCUUAACGAGCUGCAGCAGUUGCGCCACGACCUCGCACGCCGCGUCAACCGCAAGGCGCAGCAACUGUACGAGAAGAUGGAGGGCGACUACCGCGACUUGAUGCAGAAGAAACGCAAGGUGGAGGAGGACCGCGACAAGAUACACAGCGUCAUAGCCGAACUCGACGUGAAGAAGCACGAGAACAUAAACGAGAUCUUCCGAACCGUCACGCGCUACUUCGCUGACAUCUUCCACGUGCUGCUCUCCAACGCCGAGGCGAAGCUGGUGCCUGUUGACGGCGACAUAACCAACGGCAUUGAGAUGAAGGUCGGGUUUAAUGGCGCGUGGAAGAACUCGCUGGCCGAGCUGUCUGGAGGACAGAGAUCGCUCUUGGCAUUGUCUCUAAUCCUUGCAAUGCUCAAAGUCCGGCCGGCGCCCAUCUACAUUCUCGACGAGGUCGACGCCGCACUCGACCUCAGCCACACUCAGAAUAUCGGCAAAAUGAUCAAGACCCAGUUUCCAAACUCACAAUUUCUCAUUGUCAGCCUCAAAGAAGGCAUGUUCUCCAACGCCAAUGUGCUAUUCAGGACUCGCUUCGUCGACGGGGCGUCCACCAUUGUGCGCCAUGCCCUACACGAUAAGCAAGGGACGAAGAGACACAAAGACGGGAACGCGUAA